GCGUUUGCCAGUAAAGUAGAUACAUUAUAAUAAUAUCUGACAAAUUCAGUUGCUGGACAAGACAAUGUCUGACAAGACCGAGAACCAAACCUCAGAGCUUCCUGAUGCACACGGAGGCCGUACUGAUGUGACAUCUACAGAUGGCUUAGCGGUUGAACACAGAGGAGAACUGUAUGUACAUGAUCAGGUGAAGACUGAGGAGAAUGAAGUAGCUAUAAAUACAGCUACAGGCCGUACUGAUGUGACGCCUACAGAUGGUUCAGCAGUUGAGCACGGAGGAGAACCGAAUGUGUGUGAUCAGGUGAAGACUGAGGAGGAUAAAGUUACUAUAAAUACGGCUACAGAUGAAGAUAACGCUGAUAUAGUGAAAGUUGAGAUAACAGAAGAUCUGUGUGUGAGGCGUCGGGUGGAAGCUCCAGAUUAUGAAACCAGUGACCGUAUCAGCCCAGAAAAACAUUUAUCAUCGAAAAUGGCCUUUUCGCAACACUGUGGUUGGGAUGCAGAUAUUCUGUUUGUUUUGGAAGUUGAAAAAAGACCUUGUCUUUACAACAUGAGAAUAAAAGAAUAUCGCAAUCAGAACUUCCGGCAAAUGGCAUGGAAAGAAAUCAGCAAAAUUUUAAAUAUCCCAGAAGCCGCCUGUCCUGCCAAGUGGAAGUCCAUAAGAGACAAAUACCUCCGAAUUUAUAAAAAAAGUGGAUCGGGAGCAGACGUUAUAAUAGAAGAUCCCACAUGGAUUGUCAGCAAAUAUCUGAGUUUCCUCAAUCCUUGUUUAAAACCAAAAAGGACUACAGGAAACUUUAGUGAGUUUCUAUCAAGAGAAACUCCUCAGACCUCCCAUUCAGAGACAUCAACGCAGGAGGACACCUAUAGGCUAUCAGGCACAGUGCAGGACAUGUCUGAAACUAUCAUAAUGGAAAAUCCAAGUUUGGAGACUUAUAUUGAGUUAAAUCCAAUUGUCACCGACAGCGCAGAAAUAUCUUCACAGAGUUCCGACAUGACAGAUUCUGCUACAACUUCAAGAGAUGCUGUUCCUGGAAAACGAAAACGUGUUCAGCAAAGCACUAUUGAAAAGGUUUUGGAAGCUUUAAAAGCACCAAUUAUUGUGCCUUCAAAUCAAUCAACCAUGGAGUCGGAUGCAGACAGGCUGUUUCUAUUAAGUCUGUUACCUGAUUUUAGGAGGAUUAAUCCGCGCAUUAAAAAUAAUGUUAAAAUUGAAAUCAUUAAAUUAAUAGAUAAUGCACAAGAACAUUGA